AUGAAGCAAUACUUUGAAUGCUUCGGCACUAAUUCUGCAAUUAAAAGUCCUUCGACUCGAUCAUCGGUGCAUAAACUUAUAGCAGAUGGCAGAAGAGCUGAGCACGAAAGGAAAGUAGCUGAAAAAUUAAUUAAAAGCCAUGCUGCACACGAGUGCAUGAGAAAAGGGUUAAUUUCAGCUAGUGGAGGAAGUGAUGAGAUCAGAUCAGAAUAUAAAAGUAAAGAUCAUGCAGUUGCAAAUACUCACCCAUUUGGAUCCUCAAAUUCCCACACCGUGUCGUUUUCUCCAUACGAGUACAAACGUGUAAGUUUGGGGCCUUUAAACAAACUCGUCUCUGUAAAUACAUCAUCCAACAAGUCUAAAAACGUUAGCUUAAAUAACAAAUAUUAUAAAAGUCGCAAGGAUAUUGAAAGGAAGGAAAUAGUCAAAAGCAUUUCCAAUCAUCAAUUUCUUGAAAACAAAAACUUUAUUUUACGUAGAAACAAUAGAAAAGAUAAAUCUAAACGUAAGCGCAAGAUUCACCAGUCACCUCAUGAGACUUCUAUCAAAUAUCCUGAAAAUAUAACGUCAAUACACCAAUUUCCUGUAGAAGAUAACACAGGGUCUUACAGUAAAGACGCUAAAUCGAAGAUCCAUUAUAAUAGAGCUAUUCGUGAACAGUCUAAAGAAAAACAGACAGUCAAUAGUAAAAUGUCUAAAAAUAAACUGAAAUAUAAAGAAAGUAAUAAACAAGGCGAAAUUAAUCGUCAGGAAUCCAAAAAGCUACAACUUAAGGAUAAUGGAAAUAUCAAGUAUAUUAGCACAUUGCCGCUUAUAUCAACCGUAGGCAAUGAUAAAGGAAAGGAAAGUAUUAUAGCUCUAACGCGUAAACCUGCAAUGUACAAAAGAAGUCAAUAUCAAAAAAACGUAAAGAAAAAAAUGCCUGAAGCUGUCAUUAAGGCAAAGCAAGACUUAAAAAUAAACACUUAUGGAAACAUGGAAACAUUAAUGCCAUACUCAAAAAAAAAGUUCAAGAAGAGCAGGAGUAGGAUGACUUUUGUUGGUUUUAAUGAACCUAAAAACCAAGAACUUAGUGAUUCGAAUAGGAUUGAGAAACAAUACAUUUCCACUAGUGAAAUGUCUAGUAUCCCUCGAAAGAUAGUAAAGCUCGCGACACCCUAUGAAAAGUUAAGUAAGAAGUCAAUGGGUAAAAACUUAAUAUGCAAAUGUUUUGCUAAAUUUUGGUUUCUUAAUGCAAAAAAAGAAAGUACUAUAGCUCUAAAGCGUAAACCUGCAGUGUACAAAAGAAGUGAUUAUCAGAAAAAUAUUAAGAAAAAAUUGUUCGAAACGCCUAAGAACGCAGAGCAAGACUUAAUAACACAUAAUUAUGGAAAUAUUAAAACACUAAUGCCGUAUUCAAAGAAAAAGUUUAAAAAGAGCAGGAGCAGAAUAACUUUUGGCGGUUUUUAUGGAUCUAAAAACCAAGAACUUAUUACUAAAGCUUCCAUUAGUAGGUUAAAAAGAUAUGAAUAUAAGAAAAUCAAGGAACACAACGAAACUAAUGAAAUUCGUUUCAGUAAGCUAAACAGAUAUGAUAAAAAUAAUAAUUCAAAGGAACAAGACUUUCCUACCAGUGCAAUUUCCAAAAGAUCAAAGCUGAAUAUUUUGAACAAAAUUGACAAACACUAUAUUUCUAAAACUGAAAUGCAUAGUAGUCGCCACAAGGAUCAGAAACAUAAAAAAAUAAAGAAACAAAAUACUAAUCAUAGUGGCAUUUAUCUUAGUCAACCAUCAGGUAAAUAUAAAAAAGGUUUAAAACGCAGCGUGCGAAAUAAAAUUGAGAAAGAAUAUUUAUCGUCACCUGGGAUGCCUAUUAGUCACCCUAAAAGGCAUAAAUACAGAAAAAUCAAUAAACAAAAUGGGGCCGCUAGUGAACUUUUGGAGCAACGAAAUGGAAGUAAAUACAAAAAAAGAAAGAAACAGGAUAUUAAAGGUAGUGAAAUUUUUGUUGGUCAACUAAGUAAUCGUGAACAAACAAAAAAGGAAAAAGAAGACAAAGUUGCAACUAAAGUAAUAAUUAAUCGCGUGUCUUUAAGUGAAGUAACUCACAGCCUUCAAAGUAGAAGUAAAUAUGAAAAACGAAAUGAAGAUAACCACCUGAAAUCUAUAUCUAAUACUAGUAAUAGAAGACAAAAAUCACAAAGCCCAUUGAAAACAAGAAAUCAUAACUUUUUUGUAAACAACAUGGAUACAUUUCGCGUUUCGCAACAUGUUCCUAUUGAAUCGAAAUCAUCUGAGACGCCUGUUAUUUCGAAAUGUCUCAAUGGUAUAGCAAAAUGUUUUAGAACGGCUAUUUUUAAUUUACCUUUAGGCUUCCUAAAGAAACAUAACCGGCUACACUCUUACCACUACAGAAACCUGAAAGCCGAAGAAAUCGUGUUAACCGGACAGAGGUUUUCAAAGAAAUAUAAAUAUGAAGAAAUGGUUAAACAAAGUAGUCAACACCCUCAUUCUUUAACGUCUACUGUCACACGGCCUACCUGCUUAUGUCCACAAAAAAUCUUUGAUAAUUCUGAAUGUUUCAAAACUACCGAUAAGGAAAACAGUGUCUUUAAUGACGGAUUGUCCUACAACAAAAUUGGGAAUUCUUCCAAACAUCUCAAUAAUCAUUUUAAACUAAUAACAUUUAAAAAUGGAAAAUAUACUGAAUUACAAAGUAAAACUAUACGUGAGAUUCCACACAUACCUCUCGCUGAUGUAGGACUGUCCGAAAAUAUUAAAAUAUUGAAGUCUUGCCCUUGUUGUGGGAAAGACCAUAAUCAACCUGAACUCAGUAUAUCAGGUCCAAAAUCCGUACCCAGCUUCUGCAAAUGUCUGUACAGAAAGAAAAGUAAACCGACUUUGAGAUCACAAGAUUGUGCAAUGUGUUUAAAAAAUAACUUAUUCGAGGUUCCUCCUGCUGACUUUUGUUCAAAGAAAUGUUUGAUGUCUGUUACUUCUGAUAAAUUUGAAAGUGAAAAUAAGAUAAGAAAACCGAAAAAGCUGAAAACCGAAGUGGACAAAGCAUGCCCUCUUUUCGGUGUGGUUGUGGACUCUCACACUAUGAAGGUGACUAACAAAGACGAAGUAUAUCGCAAUUUAAAAGCUAACUCCCAUUCUGGUGCUAAGAAGCAAGAUAUUGAAAGGUCUGAAAAAAAACAGGCCGUACCACCAGCUAUCGAUUUGGUUUUAAAUAGAGAUGAUACUGUUUUUGUAAAUGGUGAUUACUUGUUACGAACUUUAGAUACAAAUCGUAAAAAGAUGAACACAGCCUUGAAUAUGAAAACAAACACUCCACACACAAUGAGUCAACCUUGCUACCGUCAUUUGUUAGUAGAGAGCCAACCAAUUAAGGCUGUCAAAAGUGAUGAACCAAAAAGUCAUCACGAAUAUUGUACCUGUUGCAUUUGUAGCAAUAUCCAAAAAAUGCGCUGGCAAAAUCAUCCCAAGAAUUGUACUUGUUGCAUUUGUCGAUAUGAUUGUCGUUAUAGUGUGAGAAGUAGAACAAAGCAGCAAAAAAACAAAAGUAAGACCAAAGUUGAAGAAACAAAAGUUAAAAAGAAGCCAGGACUGAAAAAAAAUAACAAAACAUUGCAAGUAAGGAACAAAGACCCAGGGAACGUUAAACUCUAUGAAACUGCUUCUCAGAUAUCUUCAUUAGUGCGUAAUAUAAGAAAAGUAUCAGGACAUAUAACCGGUUUUGUAUCUAAUAUAGAAAAGAUUUUUAACCAGCUACGUGUAAAACCAUGUUUUUGCGGUCUCACAAUCUGUAAAAAAGAAACCAGGAAACUUCAGGAAUUACGUCGAAGAAAUCUCAAAUUAAAUGCACCACCUGAUUGUGUGUGUGGCAGUAAAGUAUGCAAACUCAAGCAUACGAAGAAAACACCAUAUUAUAAAUCAAAAGCAAAGAGAAAAAAAAAGAAGGCCAUAGAAAACAAGAAACGGAACAAGAGAUUUAGGCAGGCAGCUACAGCAAGAAUAAAACGAUAUUCUAAAGAAGAUGCUUCGAUGCGGAAAAGGAUUAAGCGCCAAGAUAAAAAAGCUAUGAAAACUGUGGAAAAGUAUGAAGAUGAUAUUAGCAGCUGGGUUAUGUUAGCUGAAAAUGCCGCGGAUGUUGGGCGAUUUACCACAAACACAACUAGUCGCAUGAUAACGAGUGUUAAAAGAGUAAUUUCUCAUCCUAGAGACAUCAAAUACAGGGCAAUGCUAGCUUACACUGAUCCAAAAGGCACUGCAGCCAAAUCUUUACAGGACUUUCGUGAUAGUGGUUAUAGUGGCACUCUUGCAAGAGUUAGGCGUAGAUGUGCCACUAUGCAAAUAUCAAAGUACUUGAUAUCCGCACUGGACAGCCACCCAGUAACUAAAUAUUUGCUUCAUUACCGUGAUAAAGAUCCUAAACAAAGAUUAUUAAAACAAAAGCCAAUGAAAGAAAAGCGAGAUAUUGAAGGCAAUACAUUUUUUACCUCUUUGAGAAAAAAACCAUGUCUGUGGCUAUAUCGUCUCUGUCCUGGGUUCUAUCCACAUUGUUUGAGUUUGUUGACUUUUUGGAGGCAAUUCACUGACGUUUUUAUAUUUCUCUUAGCUGUCGCAGUUUGGAGUCCAUGUAUCCUGUGUACGGAGUUUUGCAGAGCUGUUAUAUGUUGUUUGAUGUGUGCAGGUGGAGUUUGA